AUGGCAUCGCAGGCGUCGCCGCUCGCCUCGCUCACGCAGACGCUCCCUGAGCCCAUCCAGGUCAGGCCAGCGGUGCCAGUCCGCACGGCGUCGUCCCGCACGAUCCCAGGCAACUCGCGCUCGACUCUGCCCCGGAUCCACCUCGCCAUCCCUUCGGACGCGCUCCCGGACGAUGUACAGCAGGGAGUGAGGGAGAUUGCGAGGGAGGCGGUCAGGGAGAACGUCAGAGUCGUUGAAGGGGGUGCGGGACAGCUGUCGGGACAAGGGUCGUGGGUGUGGACAAUCCGCUUCGAGAAGCGCGACGACUUGCGGCCAGGAGCGAUGGUGAUUGAGUGUUCGCACGACGACUUCACGACUUUGCCAGACGGCGAAGAGUUCAGCAUCAAGGUGUCCUACAAUCGCCCUAUCGAAGCCUUCCGUGCCCUUGGACAUAUUCUCGGCAUUUCCCGUGGCCUCGCAACCUUUUCUCCUCACUCUCCUACAUCCUCAUCCUUCCCUUCCGCCUCCGACAUCCCCGGAUCAGGCGCAAACACCCCGAUGGACACGGACGGCACUCCUGCGCCCGAAGCGAACGGUUCGAAGGGCGGCGAGAUCAAGUGGACGGGGAACGUUGGUGCGCAAUUGAGAAGGGAAGAGGAGUGUUUGUUCGAGACUGUUGGAGUCAUGAUCGACUGCUCGCGGAACGGCGUCCUCCGCGUCGAGCGAGUCAAGACGCUCCUCCGGCAUCUCGCUCUCAUGGGCUCAAACAUGCUGCAGCUCUACUGCGAGGAUACGUACCAGAUCCCCGGCGAACCCUUCUUCGGCUACUUCCGCGGCCCCUACACCGAGUCUGAGCUGCGCGAGAUCGACGACUAUGCUUUCACGCUCGGCAUCGAGGUCAUCCCCUGCAUCCAGACGCUCGGUCAUCUCGGUCAAAUGCUCCAAUGGCCGAAAUACGGACACCUGCGCGAUACGGCGGAGGUCCUGCUCGCCGAGAGCGAGGAGACUUACGCUUUCAUCGAGAAGGUCAGCUAUCUUUCUUCUCGCUAUCCCGGCUCAUCCCCUUCGCGAGCGAAGUGUGCGAGCAACCUGAGGGUAUGCGAGAGAGUCAAAGUGGCUGACGCUCCGAUCUCCCGCUCGCAGAUGAUCCGCUCCAUCUCCGGCCCGCUCCGCUCGAAGCGCAUCCACAUCGGCAUGGACGAGGCGCAUGGUGUAAGCGAAGGACGGUACCGGCAGAUAUUCGGAUACAAGGACGGGACGCAGGUGUUCACGGACCACCUGCGGCGAGUCAACAAGAUCUGUGUCGAGCAAGGCCUCAAUCCGAUGAUCUGGUCCGAUAUGCUCUUCUGCCUCCCUGCCAAGAACAACCAGCUAUCGGGCUACUACGACCCCAACUCGGUCGUCACUGCCGAACUCGCCAACUCGAUCCCGUCCGAGAUCGAGACCGUCUUCUGGGACUACUAUCAUACCGACUCGCGACCUUAUACGGCCAAGAUUGCGCAGCAUUGGCAGCUGGCGGGCAAGGCGCCGUGGAUGGCGAGCGGCGUGUGGACUUGGUCGCGGUUCUGGACGGCGCUGCCGUUCACGUUUGCGACAGUCAGGGCGAGUAUGAAGGCAAGCAAGGAGGCGAAUGCUGGCGUCAAGCACACGAUGUGCACAAUCUGGGGCGACGAAGGAAACGAGUUCGACCUGUACUCGGCCCUCCCCGGCAUUCUCUACCACUCGGAGCUCGCGUACACCGCGCGAGAAGUCGACGAAGUCGAUGCGGCGCUGUUCAGGCGCAAGUUUGACGGGAUUGUCGGGGCGGACUUGGACGACUAUGUUUACGCGAGCAAACUCGACGACACGCAGCCUGAAAGUCAGCCCAUCGACGCUCGAACGCACUACACGCCCAACAUCUCGAAGUUCUUGCUGUGGGAAGAACCUUUCUUCUCGUUCCUCUCGCCACAGUACCGCGGCUUCGAUCUCGAGCACCACUUCUCCGCCCUCGCCUCGUACCUCGAGCAAGCGCUCUCGACCGACUUCAGCACGAUGACGCGUGUCUCGCUCCCUCACUCGAUCAACGACUUCCCGCUCAACAGCCGGCUGCGACUGCCCUACCUUCUCGCGAGCGUCCUCAGCCUCAAGUGUCACUUGAGGGAGAGACUUGUCACGGCGUACAAGAGUGGAGAUAGGGAGGAGCUCGAGGCGCUCGGAGGGAGGGAGCCGCUGAGUCGGAUGCACAGACUGCGGGCGCUCGCGAAGGAGCUGCAUGACCAGCACCGCGAGAACUGGUUCGACAUGUACAAGCCGUUCGGCUGGGAAGUGCUCGACCUCCGCUACGGCGGUCUUGAGGCCCGCCUUGAGACGAUGCACCAACGCUUAAUUGCCUACCUCGACCCGAACGACACGAACGUCACCAAGGUGGAAGAGCUCGAGGUCGAACUUGAGACCGUCUAUCCCAACUCCUGCUUCCUCAUGCUCGACUACUCUCGCGCGGCUCGCGCAACCUACAUCUAG